CUGUAUAAUCACAUCCAACUAUCAAGUAACUUGAUAUCUGGCUGGGACUACACACUUUUCAAGGUAAGGGUGAUUUUCCCCAUCUGUAAAAAUAAUAUAAUAUAAUAUAUAAAAAUAAUAUAAUAAUCUCACACCUGCUCCUUUUUUGUUCCAUACACUUUUCAACAUCCAUACCGGCACAUUUUUGUCUGUUCAGGUUGUGGCCAUUAGCAGCAACCAAUUAAUUGUCCAUAACAUUCCGUUAAUUCACCGAAGUUCAGUUGAGUUCUUGACUUGCCCAGUGCCUUUUAGACAGAGGGCUACACUAUGACAGGGAGUUGUCACAUUUCCCACGGUCUCGUUUCAGCCUGUGGCUUUAGCUUUUACUGCAAGGGUUAUGACUCCUCCCAAGGACGUCAGUCCGCCCCAUAUCGACUACUACUCAGACUGAUGCAAUUGCACAAGCCUCUCCCAGUGAUAAUUAAAUGUCAUGCUUAGCUACACAGGGGGGGUCACUUGCAAUCACUUGGGCGAGCUGUUCCUAGGUGAAUAAUUUCAAUUUAGGUUUUUAUUGUCUUGAAUAACAACCAAACAUGCAGAAACUAACUGAGAAAAGAGUUGUUCUUGGAUAUAGCUUAAUCGCUUUAUCUAAACACAGUUUAAUCCAAAGCCCAUCUCCUAUCUUGUAGUAUCAAGUUCUGCAACAAAAACAAGCAAUUGUCGAGGUUCCUGCUCUACAGUUUGCCUGCACAGACAGCAAGCAACCCCUGACCUAUAAAGGCAAACAUGGUGUAGGGCAAAAAAAUAGGUAAUGUUCUUGACCUUUGCACCCUGAUCCUGGUCUGUUUUUGUGCUGCAGGAUGGUAUUUAGCCCAUGUGGGAGGACAAGAGGAACAAGCGUGGCGGCAGGUGGCUCAUCACACUGUCCAAACAGCAGCGCAGGGCCGACCUCGACCGCUUCUGGCUGGAAACGGUUAGUACCUCACCCCUACAGGUCUGAUUACAUACACAAGGUGCAGAACUACACUAUUUGUAUUUUACCAUACUCUGUAAAAGCUGUGAUGUAUUUCUCAUGUUAAGUGUGUGGGACAUAACUGCUAUCUAAUGACCUCUCUCUUACACACACAAUCAUUCUUAGACAUUCACAUAGUACAUCCACACAUCCAUGUCUCAGAAAGUUGACUAUGUUUAGCUGUUCAAAUGUUAAAAACAUCUGGCUGUCCAUGUGCGUUGCAGCUCCUGUGCCUUGUGGGCGAAGCUUUCGAUGACCAUAGCGACGAUGUUUGCGGGGCAGUUGUCAACAUCCGAACGGAGGAGGAGACAAACUCGCGAUAUGGACCACAGACUACGAAAACAAGGAUGUCAUUACACAUAUAGGGUGAGCUGGUGUCGCAAUACCAUUUAGUUAGCCCUGAAAGAUGUUGACCAUCUAUUUUUAUCCAUAUCCAGAUAUUCUGAUUUUUACUAAACAAUGUGUAUUUGCCUUUCUCUGUAGGUGGGGGUGGAAGGACAGGUUAGGCGUGCCACGCAGGUGAUCAUCGGAUACCAAUCACACAAGGACACUGCCACUAAGAGUGGUUCCACCACCAAGAACAUGUUUGUCGUCUGA